CUGGGCGGCCCCCGCGGCGGCGCUCCCUACCCCGCGCUGCCGGGCCCCUUCCCGGCCAUCGCCGCGCCCUUCGAGGAGUCGGGGCCGUACGGCGUCAACCUGAGCCUGGCGCCCGGCGGCGUGAUCCGCGUCCCCGCGCACCGGCCCAUCCCCGGCGCCGUGCCGCCGCCCGUGCCCAGCGCCAUCCCCGCCGUGCCCGGCCUGGGCGGGCUCAGCUUCCCCUGGAUGGAGAGCAGCCGCCGCUUCGUCAAGGAGCGCUUCACGGCCGCGGCCGCGCUGACGCCCUUCACGGUGACGCGGCGCAUCGGGCACCCGUACCAGAACCGCACCCCGCCGAAGCGCAAGAAGCCGCGCACGUCCUUCUCCCGCGUGCAGAUCUGCGAGCUGGAGAAGCGCUUCCACCGGCAGAAGUACCUCGCGUCGGCCGAGCGCGCGGCCCUGGCCAAGUCCCUGAAGAUGACGGACGCGCAGGUGAAGACGUGGUUCCAGAACCGGCGCACGAAGUGGCGGCGGCAGACGGCGGAGGAGCGGGAGGCCGAGCGGCAGCAGGCGAGCCGGCUGAUGCUGCAGCUGCAGCACGACGCCUUCCAGAAGUCGCUCAACGAGUCGAUCCAGCCCGACCCGCUGUGCCUGCACAACUCGUCGCUGUUCGCGCUGCAGAACCUGCAGCCCUGGGAGGAGGAGAGCGCCAAGAUCCCGCCGGUCACCUCCCUCGUCUGAGCGCGGCCCCGGCCCGAAGCGGACGCGCGGCGCCCGCGGAGC